CUUUUCAUAUGCGAAACUGAAAAAGUAACGAUUUUUCAAACAUGACUUAGGAUAACGUUAUUAUCCCAUAGAAGAAUGAGGACCGUAACUAACUACUUCCUUAUGAACUUGAGCACCGCCGAUUUAUUACUCUCCACAUUAAAUUGUUUCUUCAACUUCAUAUACAUGCUGCAAGGGCACUGGCAAUUUGGCAGUUGGUACUGCACCGUAAAUAAUUUCAUUGCCUACGUAACUGUUGCAGCAAGUGUAUUUACACUAACAGGGAUAUCAUGCGAUAGGUAUCUGGCUAUUGUACAUCCCUUGCAGCCAAGGAUGUCAAAAACAUCAUCAUUAGUUACAAUCGUCCUUAUAUGGAUAGCUAGUAUGAUUAGUGGAUUCCCGUGCCUGCUAUAUUCGACGACAGUAACAUACAAGUAUAGAAACAAAUCACGAAUAGCGUGUAUACUAGUGUGGCCAGAUGGACAACCGACUGAUUCUAGCAUGGAUUUUGCGUAUCAAGUAGUAUUCAUCAUUUUAACAUACUUGGUGCCCAUGGUGUUAAUGGUCUGUUGUUACACUGCGAUGGGCAAAGUUCUGUGGGGAUCUCAUUCAAUCGGUGAAAUGACGCAAAGGCAGUUAGAUUCGAUAAAGUCUAAACGAAAGAUGUCGUUAUAG